CAUUCUUCCAAGAUGUCCUCGCAGCGAGGAGUGCCUACAUUCUGCUUGUUUGUCCGGCGUGCUGUGUUCGAGAGUAGGUAAGAGAAGAUUGGGAUGACAACUAAAUGAUGGACAUACAGGAAUCAGAAGAAGAUAUGGAGAAGGUGGAGUGCGAAUGGGGGAGUUUGCCCAUGACACCAUCUCCAGCUCCAUCAUUCAUGUCUAUAAAAAGUGGUCAGUCAAUGGAUCGACCUAUUGCAUUCAACAGAGGAGCACAAAGCAACAUAGGAGAGAAGGUGCGAUUAGAUGAAACACCAUCUCCUGCUCUCUCACACCUGUCUAUGACAAGUGAUCAGUCAAUGGAUCGGCCGAUUGCAUUCAACAAUGGAAAGCAAAAUUACAUGGAUGAAAGGGUGCGAUCAAAUGAAACACCAUCUCUAGUUCCCUUACAUCUGUCUAUGACAAGUCAUCAGACAAUGGAUUGCCCGAUUGCAUUCAACAAUGAAAAGCAAAGAUACAUGGGAGAAAAUGUGAGACUAGCUGAAGCACCAUCUCCAGCACCCUCACACCUGUCUGUAAAAAGUUAUCAGUCAAUGGAUCGGCCGAUUGCAUUCAGAAAUGGAACCCUUGACUAUGGUCUUAGACCAAAUGAAGCUCCAUCUCCUUCAGCCUCAUACUUCUCUUUAAAAAGCAACCAGUCAAUGGAUCGACCAAUUGCAUUCAAAGACAAUACUCAUCCUUACAAUGCUAAACGUUUGAGACAAGAGGAAACACCAUCUCCAGCACCAUCAUUUCAGUCUAUGAAAAGUCAUCAGUCAAUGGAUCGGCCGAUUGCAUUCAACAGUGGAACCUCUAGUUACACUGGUCUUAGACCAGAUGAAGCUCCAUCUCCAGCAACCUCAUAUUUGUCUUUACAAAGUAACCAAUCAAUGGAUCGACCAAUUGCAUUCAAAGACAGAACUCAAACUUACGGUGCUAAAAAGGUUUUGCAUGUGGCACCCUCUCCAGCUCCAUCAUUAAUGUCUGUUAAAAGUGAUCAGUCAAUGGAUCGACCGAUAGCAUUUAGCAGCAGAGCACGAAAUUACAUGACAGAGAAUUUAAAUGAACCAUAUGAAGCAACAUCUCCAGCACCUUCUUUAACAUCUCUGAAAAGUGAGCAGUCAAUGGAUCGACCAAUCACAUUUCGAAACGAAGCACACAGUCACGAGUUUAGAAGCACACUUUCAGCCGUUCUGCUGACAGACGAUCACUACAGAUGUUCAGUUUGCACAGAGGUGUUCAAAGAUCCAGUUUCUAUCCCUUGUGGACACAGUUACUGCAAACACUGCAUUGAGAUAUAUUGGAGCAAACCAGCACAACCUCAGGGUUAUGCUUGUCCUCAGUGCAGAAAGAGGUUCAGAGAUCGUCCAGUGUUGAAUGUAAAUCUUUCUUUGACUAAAGUGAUUGAGGAACUUCUAAAGGCAGGCUUUAGUCCUGCUAUUCCUGUUCAAUGCUAUGCUGGCCCUGAAGAUGUCCCCUGUGAUAUCUGUACUGAGAUGAAGCUCAAAGCUGUUAAAUCCUGUUUGACCUGCACUGCAUCUUUCUGCGAGACCCACAUCAGACAACACUAUACAGUACCAGCCCUGCACAGACACAACCUGGUGGAGGCUAUUAUUUUUCCAAACAAAGAAGAGGAAAAAUCACAAGAUGAAAUCAGAGAUUUAGUUACAAGAGUGACUGAACUAGAAGCGACCUCAAAGCGUUUGUGUAAAAGAUUUGAAAUUCAUUGUAAUGGAUUUUCAGAUUUUCCCCCUGAUGUCAUUGAGAUGGCAGCUUUAGGUCGUCCUUUAAAGCUUGGAAUGUUGUAUGACAACAAGACCAAUUCCUUUUGCCAAGAUACCUUCAAAUGGGAUGAAGAUAUGUUAGCCUGUUUGAAAGUAUCAUUGCCUCGGCCACAAACACAUGUGAAGGUGUUGGAAAAUGACUCCCCUCAUGAAAGGUUCAGAGUCCUUGAAAUGUCCCCAGUGUUGCAAGUGGGCACUCAGACUGGACAAAUAAAAAUUAAUGGGUCUGCAUCUUUUCUUAACCACCCAGAACAAUCACAAUAUCAGGAAAGAGCUACGCUACAUUACAGAACUACCACUAGACUGGACAUGAUCAGCCAAAGACAUUUACAGGAAUCUGCACCAUCUGCAGUGUUUGGUCAAACCACAGCAUCACAUGUGAUUAUCGCUGUGUACUAUGGAGCUCAGGCAUUUUUUGUUUUUGAUAGUAGUGGCUCUAAUCAUGACAAAAACACAGAAAUUGCUGAUGUUUUAAAAACUUUGACUUCUACCUUUUGUUCAAACCACAUCAUUUCAAGCUUGAAUGCAGCUGAAAAAGCAAAAAGUUCAUCAUUUUCUUGUAGUCUCUACAUUGAUGUGGGCGAUUGGAAAAGUCCAGUGUCUUUUGAUAAGGCUGUAGAUAUCUAUGGUUCUCUGCCAAUGCUGCUUGGAUCCAAAGGAGAGAAAGCCAUUCCUCUGAAGGUCUGGCUCUACCCUCUGGAGAAGCUGGUCAAGAGCCCUGUGCAUGCUGCUCUGAGUGAAGUCAGUGAAAACUUGAAGCAUCAAGUUGAGAACGUUCUGGAACAUCUGAGAAAACAAAUAAUGAUAUGUCAGGACAUGAUAACUGACUUUGCCAAUGUAAAGGUAAUUCAGUGGUUUCCGACUCUGGAGGAUAAACUUCUACAGUUCACAGAACUUCUGCAGGAGUACCAGACAACUUUUCAGAAAAGAAUCACAGAAACUGUUCACAUUAAAGAAGGGAAAACAGAGAGGAGCUCACAAGAGCUUCUAGAGAGAUACCAGCAAUCACCAUUCAGCGCAGAGAAAACAAACCAGUGGCUGGAGAAUAAAGAAACUGAACUGAGGAUUCUGAAUGACUGCAGAGCUGCGGACAUCACUGUUGUCAAAUCACAGGCAGAGUUACAGCAGAUCAUAAGUGACCCUCAGAUAACCAGAGUGAUGUGUCUCACUCUUUUCUCACCAAAUUCUGAAGAUUCCUUUCUCACUGCUCUGAAAAAUUAUUCCAAAUUUGAUCAAAUUCUACGUAAUGAUUCACUUAUGUUUAGGCCUAUUAACAUCGAUCAAAAAGCGCUUAUUAAAGUACAAUUGUUUAUUGCUGCAAACGAAGAUGAAGAGCAAACCAAGUUCAUUGCUACUUCAAUAACUGGUGAUGACUUUCCAGAAUACUCUGUGCAGUUUUAUCAUUAUGGGAGGAUUGAGAGCAGAAAUGUGACAUUUGGAACAAAACCAGAUUUUGCUCAACCAAUUCUGGUAAAACACACCAGUCUGUCUCUGAAACUGAAGCAACCACAUAAAAACAGCAUUGAGAGCUAUAUGGUGGAGCAUAGAGAUUUGGCUGAUGAUGGAAGGAAUAGUACUUGGAAACGAAUAAAAUUUGAUGCCACAGGUUUUAGAGAAACCUGUUUGAUAUCGGAUCUAAACCCUGGCCAUCAAUAUCAGCUGAGAUAUAUAUUUGUUGAACAGGACUGUAUGACCUUUAGUAGGAUUACAAACUUUCAGACAGCUGUUGCAGAAACACCUGGGCAACCCUUUGUGGAUAGGCUAAGCAGAGACAGUCUUAGAGUCAUGUGGCAGAAGGCAGAAGCUGAUUGUCCAGUGCUGCAUUAUUUGGUUGAGUAUAAAGAAGCAGGAUUGGAGGGCUGGUCAUCAGUGUUAACACAGGGACCUGAGUGUGAAUAUAUUUUAACUUUACCUCACAGCACCUGCUAUAGAAUUAGAGUUUCUGCUGUCUAUGAGGAGAUCACUAGCAAGCCUAGUGAAGAAACGUCAGUACCUGUGAAUGUGUGGUACAUAAACCUCUCAGAGAGAAAGAGUUACAUCCUUCUAGAAGUGCUGAAACUCCAAACAGAGAAGAAACCAGUAGAGCUGAUAGACUGGACAGAUGAAGAGAGUGAAGUGAGGGGAUUCCUCCAGUGUCUUCCCUACAUCUCACAGCUCAGAUUUAAUGUUUGUUUGUUGACUGAAGAGGAACAAAAGACUGCUUUUCAGUUUCUUGUAAAACUGAGUGUUGCAGCAUCAGAAUAUGAAGCUACAGGAGAGAGUUUUACUUUUCAUUUAAUAUCUGCGUGUAGCUACUCAACAUUCCCAUUUGACAACAUCGCUUAUGUUGAGUGCCAGUGUGAUUUCCUGCUUGAUCUAUAUUCACAUUUGAAGGACUAUGAGAGUCAAACAGGCAGGAGAGUCCUUCCAGCAUUACAGCCAGUUUAUCAGUCAGCUCCUGCAGUCUGGAGAAUAAAGCUCUCAGAGAGAAAGAGCUCCAUCCUCCUAGAAGUGCUGAAACUCCAAACAGAAAAUAAACCAGUACAGCUGAUAGACUGGACAGAUGAAGAGAGCGAAGUGAGGGGAUUCCUCCAGUGUCUGCCCUACAUCUCACAGCUCAGGUUACCGUUCUCUCAGAAUGAAUACUUGAAAGUGACUGACUGGAGAUUGAGAUUAACGGUACUUGAUAUGUGUCUGCGAGUGCCUGCCUUAAAGAAAGAAGUCACAAAAACAUCUUUAGAGACAUUAUACUCUUACAUAACCUAUGGAAAUUGUAAUUUCCUGCUGGAUCUUUACAUCCAGAUAAAGGCCUAUGCAAAUCAAACAGGAAGGGAUGUUUUUCCAGCGUUAAAGGUAAUUUAUCAGUCAGCUCCUGCAGUCUGGAGCAUAAACCUCUCCAAGAUAAAGAGCUCCAUCCUUCUAGAAGUGCUGAAAUUCCAAACAGAGAAUAAACAAGUAGAGCUGACAGACUGGACAGAUGAAGAGAGUGAAGUGAGGGGAUUCCUCCAGUGUGUGCCCUACAUUUCACAGCUCAGAUUUGGUUUACAGCAGAAUGGGUUAGUGAAACCAUGGGAGAAAAGGAAGAGAUUAUUUAUAAUGAACUUGUGUCUACAAGCUGCUCUGGACCCUAAAAAGACAGUCAAUACUGUGUUGCUAAAACUGUCAUCUGUCAGUUAUGAGCGAUCUGAUUUCUUGCUGGAUCUGUACUCACAUUUGAAGAACUAUGAGAGUCAAUCAGGCAGGAUUGUCCUUCCAGCAUUACAGUCACUUUAUCAGUCAGCUCCUGCAGUCUGGAGAAUAAAGCUCUCAGAGAGAAAGAGCUCCAUCCUCCUAGAAGUGCUGAAACUCCAAACAGAGAAGAAACCAGUAGAGCUGAUAGACUGGACAGAUGAGGAGAGUGAACUGAGGGGAUUCCUCCAGUGUCUGCCCGACAUCUCACAGCUCAGAUUUGCUGAGCCACAAAAUAAUACAGCUGAAUCAUGGGACAAAAGAAAACGAUCAUUUAUACUGAAAUUGUCUCUUCAAGCUGCUCUCCAUCAGAAAGAGAAAAUUGAAGAAACUGUAAACAAGUUGUUGUCAUCGGUGGAAUAUAAAAAAUCUGUUUUCCUGCUGGACCUGUGUUCAUAUGUGAAGGACUAUGAAAGUCAAACAGGCUGGAGUGUCCUUCCAGCAUUACAGCCAGUUUAUCAGUCUCCUGCAGUCUGGAGGAUAAAGCUGUCAGAGAGAAAGAGCUCCAUCCUCCUAGAAGUGCUGAAACUCCAAACAGAGAAGAAACCAGUAGAGCUGAUAGACUGGACAGAUGAAGAGAGUGAACUGAGGGGAUUCCUCCAGUGUCUGCCCUACAUCUCACAACUCAGAUUUGCUGAGCCACAAAAUAAUACAGCUGAAUCAUGGGACAAAAGAAAACGAUCAUUUAUACUGAAAUUGUCUCUUCAAGCUGCUCUCCAUCAGAAAGAGAAAAUUGAAGAAACUGUAAACAAGUUGUUGUCAUCGGUGGAAUAUAAAAAAUCUGUUUUCCUGCUGGACCUGUGUUCAUAUGUGAAGGACUAUGAAAGUCAAACAGGCUGGAGUGUCCUUCCAGCAUUACAGCCAGUUUAUCAGUCUCCUGCAGUCUGGAGGAUAAAGCUGUCAGAGAGAAAGAGCUCCAUCCUCCUAGAAGUGCUGAAACUCCAAACAGAGAAGAAACCAGUAGAGCUGAUAGACUGGACAGAUGAAGAGAGUGAACUGAGGGGAUUCCUCCAGUGUCUGCCCUACAUCUCACAACUCAGAUUUGCUGAGCCACAAAAUAAUACAGCUGAAUCAUGGGACAAAAGAAAACGAUCAUUUAUACUGAAAUUGUCUCUCCAAGCUGCUCUCCAUCAGAAAGAGAAAAUUGAAGAAACUGUAAACAAGUUGUUGUCAUCGGUGGAAUAUAAAAAAUCUGUUUUCCUGCUGGACCUGUGUUCAUAUGUGAAGGACUAUGAAAGUCAAACAGGCUGGAGUGUCCUUCCAGCAUUACAGCCAGUUUAUCAGUCUCCUGCAGUCUGGAGGAUAAAGCUGUCAGAGAGAAAGAGCUCCAUCCUCCUAGAAGUGCUGAAACUCCAAACAGAGAAGAAACCAGUAGAGCUGAUAGACUGGACAGAUGAAGAGAGUGAACUGAGGGGAUUCCUCCAGUGUCUGCCCUACAUCUCACAACUCAGAUUUGUUAUACCACGGAAUAAAGCAGGUAAAUCAUGGGAGAAAAUAAAGAGAUUAUUCAUAUUGGAUAUGUGUCUGCAAGCUGCUCUCCAUCAGGAAGGGACAAUAGAGGAAGCUGUGAAGAAACUUCUGUCAUCUGUGAAUUAUGAGAAAUCUCCUUUCCUGCUGGAUCUGUGUUCACAUGUGAAGAACUAUGAAAGUCAAACAGGCAAGAGUGUCCUUCCAGCAUUACAGCCAGUUUAUCAGUCACUAUCUACAGUCUGGAGCAUAAAAUUCUCAAUCAAAAAGAGCUCCAUCCUCCUAGAAGUGCUGAAACUCCAAACAGAGAAGAAACCAGUAGAGCUGAUAGACUGCACAGAUGAAGAGAGUGAAGUGAGGGGAUUCCUCCAGUGUCUGCCCUACAUCUCACAGCUCAGAUUUGAUGGCAUUUUCUAUAAGAAUAGAGAAAUUGUUGUUAAAUUUCUGUGGAAAUUGUUUGUAUCAGCAUCAGAGUAUGACACAGAUACGGGAGAAAAUUGCACUGAACUAUUAACAUCUGCGUGCAGCUACACAUCUUUUCCCUGCAAAGAGUUUUUUUUCAUCUAUCGUAACAAGCAGUCCAAUUUCCUCCUGGAUCUGUGGUCACAUGUGAAGAACUAUAAGAGUCAAACAGGCAGGAGUGUCUUUCCAGCAUUACAGCCAGUUUAUCAGUCAGCUCCUGCAGUCUGGAGGAUAAACCUCUCAGAGAGAAAGAGCUCCAUCCUCCUAGAAGUGCUGAAACUCCAAACAGAGAAGAAACCAGUAGAGCUGAUUGACUGGACAGAUGAAGAGAGUGAACUGAGGGGAUUCCUCCAGUGUCUGCCCUACAUCUCACAGCUUAGAGUUCAUAAAUUUGGUUUCAAAGGUGGGAUGACAAAACGUGCCCAGUUUCUGCUGAAUCUGACCGUUGAAGCUUCAAAGUGUGUUACAACUACAGGAGAGAAUUAUAUUGAGCUGUUAACAUCUGUGUGCAGCUACAGAUCAUUUCUCUGUUUGGAUGAAGAUGAUUCAGAUCCAGAGUUUCAGACCGACUACUGUGAUUUCCUGCUAGAUCAGUGGUCACAUGUGAAAGACUAUGAGAGUCAAACAGGCAGGAGUGUCCUUCCAGCAUUAAAGCCAGUUUAUCAGUCAGCUCCUGCAGUCUGGAGAAUAAACCUCUCAGAGAGAAAGAGCUCCAUCCUCCUCGAAGUGCUGAAACUCCAAACAGAGAAGAAACCAGUAGAGCUGAUAGACUGGACAGAUGAAGAGAGUGAAGUGAAGAUAUUCCUCCAGUGUCUGCCCUACAUCUCACAGCUCAGCUUUCAGUCCCUUAUUGAUGAUAAGAAGAGGAGGUCUUUCAAAUUUCUGGUGAAUCUGAUUGUUUUGGCAUCAUAUUUUACCACUAAAGAGAAUUACAAAGAGAUUUUCACAUCUGUAUGCAGCUACAGAUCUUUCCCCUUUACUGAAAACUACAUAAAUCAUUACGCUGAACAAUCUAAUUUCCUACUGGAUCUGUAUUCACAUGUGAAGGACUUAGAGAGUCAAACAGGCAGGAGUGUGCUUCUAGCAUUACAGCCAGUUUAUCAGGUAGCUCCUGCAGUCUGGAGGAUAAAGCUCUUAGAGAGAAAGAGCUCCAUCCUCCUAGAAGUGCUGAAACUCCAAACAGAGAAGAAACCAGUAGAGCUGAUAGACUUAACAGAUGAAGAGAGUGAACUGAGGAGAUUCCUCCAGUGUCUGCCCUACAUUUCAGAACUCAGAAUUCCUGAGUUUGGUUUCUACAUUGAGAUGAAGAAACGUGCCCAGUUUCUGCUGAAUCUGACUGUUGAAGCCUCAAAGUGUGUUACAACUACAGGAGAGAGUUAUAUUGUGCUGUUAACAUCUGUGUGCAGCUACAGAUCAUUUGUCUGUUUUGAUGAUGAUGAUUAUUAUCAGGAUUUUCAGUCUAAACACUGUGAUUUUCUGCUGGAUCUUUGUUCACGUGUGAAGGACUAUGAGAGUCAAUCAGGCAGGAGUGUCCUUCCAGCAUUACAGCCAGUUUAUCAGUCAGCUCCUGGAGUCUGGAGGAUAAAGCUCUCAGAGAGAAAGAGCUCCAUCCUCCUAGAAGUGCUGAAACUCCAAACAGAGAAGAAACCAGUAGAGCUGAUUGACUGGACAGAUGAAGAGAGUGAAGUGAGGGGAUUCCUCCAGUGUCUGUCCUACAUCUCACAGCUCAGAAUUCAUGAGAUUGAUUUAGACAUUGAGAUGGAGGAACGUGCCCAGUUUCUGCUGAAUCUGACUGUUGAAGCUUCAAAGUGUGUUACAACUACAGGAGAGAGUUAUAUUGAGCUGUUAACAUCAGUGUGCAGCUACAGAUCAUUUGUCUGUUUGGGUAAUGAUGAUUAUUAUGAGGAGUUUCAGUCUGAACACUGUGAUUUCCUGCUGGAUCUUUGUUCACGUGUGAAGGACUAUGAGAGUCAAUCAGGCAGGAAGGUCCUUCCAGCAUUACAGCCAGUUUAUCAGUCAGCUCCUGGAGUCUGGAGGAUAAAGCUCUCAGAGAGAAAGAGCUCCAUCCUCCUAGAAGUGCUGAAACUCCAAACAGAGAAGAAACCAGUAGAGCUGAUAGACUGGACAGAUGAAGAGAGUGAAGUGAGGGGAUUCAUCCAGUGUCUGCCCUACAUCUCACAGCUCAGGUUUAGUAAUGCUUCUGUAAAGUUUUUGCUGAGUCUGAUUGUUUCAGCAUUAGAGUUGGAUGCAAACACACAGGAAAAUUACACAGGACUCUUGACAUCUGCGUGCUGCUACACAUCUUUCCCCUAUGAUGAAACUGAUGAUGAUGAUGUUCAGUUUUAUCAGUGUGAUUUCCUGCUGGAUCUGUAUUCACGUGUGAAGGACUAUGAGAGUCAAACAGGCAGGAGUGUCCUUCCAGCAUUACAGCCAGUUUAUCAGUCAGCUCCUGCAGUCUGGAUAAUAGACCUCUCAGAGAGAACGAUCUCCAUCCUCCUAGAAGUGCUGAAACUCCAGAUAGAGAAGAAACCAGUAGAGCUAUUAGACUGGACAGAUGAAGAGAGUGGCCUGAGGAGAUUCCUCCAGUGUCUGCCCUACAUCUCUGAACUGAGGAAUGCUGACCAGCACUUCCCAUCACUAUGUAAAAUGUUUGGGCCAAGAGUAAAAGCAGAUAAAGUCACUCCUCUGCUCCAGGCUUUGAACUUCACUGUCACUCUAAGUGGAAAAUUACCCAGCAGCACCUGCAUAUCUGUUGGCAGAGUCCUGAGCCUUUCACAAUCAAAGGUAAACCUGACUCUAAAGCCUCGGGCCAUCUCACUCAGAGGACUCAAACUGCUCUUCAGACCCAUCACACACCUGCAGACACUGAGUCUGGAAUGCAAAAUAUUAGUGAAGAUGGUCAGAGCGUUGAGGUCACUUAAUGAUCCUCUUCAACUGACCACGGAGGAGCUUUCACUGAUCACAAACGGCUCAAAACAAAAUCCCUCUCACAUCCAAAGCAGCUUGACGUCUCUCCUGAAACUGAUGUCUGUCCAGUGUUUAGAUCUUACUCAGUGUAAAGCAGAGGCUCUGUCUAUCACUGCACUGUUGGGUCUCCAGGAUCCUCUUAUUCUCAGGUUCUCUAAAGAGGCUCUUCAGCAGUUGGUUUCAGUGGUGUAUGAAGCACAGGAUAAUGAACUGACACGUUCAUUUAUAAAGAAAACUUCUAAAGAUCUGACCUCCUGCUCACUGACCUGGGAAAAGAUUCAUUACCUGCUGCAACAUGAAGCACUAAAUUUGAAGGUUGACUUUAGAAAUAGCAAAAUUAAUCUGGAAAACGUGAAAGAACUGUUGCCGGUGUUAAACAAAGUCCAGUUAAAAAGGUUAAGCCCCGGGUUCACGCUGUCCAUCAUUACUGAAAUCUAUGAGACUCGUUCUCCUCAGUAUGUGUCCAGCCUAUUGAGUUCAGCAGGGAAUUGCUUUAAUCUGAAUGGAAGAGUGUUGGACUCUGUUCACUGUGCUGCCCUGCGCUUCACUCUGGAACACUGCAACACUGUCAAACUCAAUCUGCUCUGGACAUCCAUACCAGAAGAGGAGCUCAAGAGCUUUCUGCCUUUGUUCAACAGAGUCACACAACUCAGUGUUGACAGGCUGCUGUUGCUGAAGCUGCUUCGCUGCUGCAGUUCCUCUGAUGUCCAGCGGGAGGCAGCAGCUGCUCUGCUCUCUGCACUUCACCACAGGCUGGACAUCUCCUGCUCCAGCGCUCUGGAUUUAACAGACACAUUGGAAAAUCAAGAACAUUUUAAUCUAAGCAUCGAAGACAGUACAAUAAUCUCAUCUGUACUUCAGAAAACUCAAAGUGUUGUGAAGCUGAUUUUAAAGGACUGUGAGCUCUCUGAUGAGGCUCUGAAACACCUCUGGCCAAUUCUGCCUAAAGUCCAGCUGAGCUGUAGUAAAGCUCUGCUGCUACAGUUUCUGGCUUAUAUCAGUGAAGGUGGAGCUGAGAGCGGCACUGUAAGAAGCGCUGAGGCUCUUUCACAGGCUUUAGGAAGAGAGAUGGACCUCAGUCACACACAGCUGGACCAGAGAUCUUGUACACAGCUGGCGGUGUUUCUGGAAUAUUCUGAAGGGUUGACAGAACUUGACCUCAGUCACUGUAAACUCACUGAUCAGUGUAUGGAGCCGCUGCUGCUGCAUCUGCACAAAACCCAGACUCUAGAUCUGAGUCACAAUAACAUCACAGAUAAAUCAGCAAACACAAUCCACAGCAUCGUCUCUAAUCACAGCAAUAUGCAGACUGUACGACUUUUCGGAAACAGAAUCACUGAUAGAAAGCAGUUCAUCAAAGACAAGCGAUUUGAAAUAUGGUGAAGACCCAAGAGUGUGAUGAAUAUCUUCAUUCAUUUACAAACUAUUCUGUUUGGGUUUUUUGAACAACUGAAAAUGCGAAUCUAUAUAUCUUUAUUGUAAAUGGUUCAUUUGAACCUGAUUUACAUUAAAUGCUUGAUACAAAUCUGUGUUAAUGAUGUAUACCCUGUAAGAUAUUAAGCAAAAUAUUUUUCUACUGUAUAUGUUCUUCAAAGCGUGUAUUUGAAUUUGAUUCGCUUACAAAUCCAUCACAAUGAUGUAUACACGAUAAAGAAAAAGGUAAUGUCUUAUAAUUUAAUGUACACUUAGAAUGUUGAAUAUAAACAAUAUAUAUUUAUGCUUUUUAUUCAUCUGUACCGUGUUUUACACUAGCUCUUUGUAAUAACUUGUUUAAAAUCAUAAUUGAAAUGUACUCCAGUUACUUUUAAUGCACUUUAUUAAUCUGUUUGAAAUAUGUCGGCGUUGACUAAUGGUGUUAUGGUUAUUGGUUUGACCAGCCACACUAACUCAAGUUUUAUAGUCAUUUCUAAGAUUGAUCAAUAAACUUUAUUUUGAUCAUUA